GGCUAUCAUCAGUCAAAACCAAGCGCGGUGCUUGAGAAAUCCAGAUGUUGAGUUUGAAAUUGAGGCACAAACCUACGUCGGGCACGCUCACAUUUAUUUCAGUUGGAUGCGUUUGGUAUAUUACUCUUGCGUGACGUCUUUGGGGUUUCUCUUUGUAAAGUUUAGGGAAAGUAUUCCAAAGUUUCACGUGACUGUUUGUGGCUGAACCAACAGCUACUUUCCUUGAAAAAUAGUUGGCAACACUUGCUGCAUAGGCUACACGAGGAGCGACCUUAAAGAAGACUUACAAAAAUAGGUACUUUCGGUCUUUUAACUCUUGGAUACCACAUGCACUGCACGUUUGGAAAUGUUGUGAUUGGUGAGGGAAUUAAAUAACAUUUUUCUUGCGCUAUAAAGGAAAGCCCUCUUCUAUUUCUCACGUAUUGCCAGAAGUGGAUAGGAUGGCUUUUCUCCACUUACUCGCUAUUGGGAUGUUUUCAUUGCCGCUCUGCGGUGCGUUUUUUAAUGGACCUCUGUAUCCCGAGAUGUCUAACGGCACGUUCCAUCACUACUUUGUGCCAGACGGCGACUAUGAGAAUAACGAUGAUCCGGAAAAAUGUCAAAUGCUUUUUAAAAUGACAGACGACCGAAAAUGCGUUCUUGACGAGGACCAAGAUUCGGUCAUCCGAGACGAUUUCACGAUCAUCAAGAGACACAUCGAAGACGCGGCCAGAAUGCUGGAGGGGAUCGGGAAAAGUAUUUAUUUUGAUUUGGACGGAGAGGACAGCUAUGGAAAAUAUUUGAGAAGGGAGACGACUCAGAUUGGCGAGGCUUUUACAAACUCUGAAAAGGCUCUGUUAGAACUGGAGGUGAAAUUCAAACAGAGUCAGCAAAACGAGCUGAAAGAGGAGCACCGCAUAAACGACGACUUUCUGAACAUGGUUGUCCACACAAGGGACGUGCUAAAGGGAACACUGGACAUAUCUGUGGGGUUGAAGGAUAAACACGAGCUUCUCUCUCUCAUAAUUCGAAGUCACGGGACCAGAUUAGGCCGACUGAAAAAUGAAUACAUGAAGGUUAAACUUGGGUAAAUCGGUUAAACCUAGUUAUAAAAGUAGACUAUGAGGAAAAUAAUAUUGGCGAAGUCAUGUCGAAUUUCAUUGCAUAUUUAUAUUAACGGAGAGAUAAAACAUGCAGAGACAGAUAUGAUACCAGUGUUUUAUUUAUUCAAAAAAUACAAUAGACCUAGUAAAAUGUAAUUAAUUGACAAUGUUGUCAGUUCAUUUUGUGUAGGUAGGUUUACUUGUGGCAACAUUAUUUGGGCAUUUGCAAUAUGGCGUUGCGUUAAAAUGCCUUUGCAAUUGAUAAUUGUCGAUGCCUUGCUCUGAUGGAGAUUUCAAAGAUGACUUAUUCAUUCAUAGCGGUGACGUUGUCUAACAGUUGCAAACAGGUGUUAUUUAUACAGUAUGUGACAUAGGCCAACAUAAUCUACUUGGCAGCAUAUUUCUCUCAUAAAUCUUGCCUUCAAUUGAGUGAAUUUGUCAGGAAAAUAUUGAAAUGUUUACAAUGCAUCACAAUUUGCAUUUUUCUUUUUACAGUAAGGCCAAUUAACAAGAGCUUUAAAUAAUACUUUGAACAAUUAUUGACUUUGUUAAACAUAUAAGGUUGUGACUUAUUAUUUGUAUAUCCCUUUGCCAUUUUGUGAAUGCAAUAUCAUUUGGGGAGAUGUUCGGAGCAUGUUAUUGGAAUAAAUGCUGUGCGUGUCAAUAUAAAUGUGACGGAAGAGCUUAAUUGUAUUCUUUAUUUUUGGCUAAUAUGUUUCAAUAUCUGCAAUAUAUAUUGUUUUUCUUUUUAAAAUUAUAUAUAUGGCAACAAGUAUGAUAAAUACUUAAGACUGCAGGCAGCACUCAUGGACUUCAAACACUUAUGUCUGUGGCAACAUUCCUAAAAGGUUUUGUGUGUUCCGUUUUUAAUUAAAGAUUUUGUGUUUGAAGUUCUA